GGGCGAGAGCACGGCUACCCGGAAGGUCGGGCGCUGGGCUGCUCACCUAACUUGGAGGAUAGCAGUUCCUAUUGCCGUCUGGCCUUCCUCCUUUCCUGGAGGCUGCAGCCAGGAUGGGACGGAAGGUGACCGUGGCCACCUGUGCGCUCAACCAGUGGGCUCUGGACUUCGACGGCAAUUUGCAGAGGAUUUUAAAGAGUAUUGAAAUUGCCAAAAGCAAAGGAGCAAGAUACAGGCUUGGACCAGAGUUGGAAAUAUGUGGCUACGGAUGCUGGGAUCAUUACUACGAGUCAGACACCCUGUUGCAUUCGUUUCAAGUCCUGGCUGCCCUUCUGGACUCUCCUGUCACUCAGGACAUCAUCUGUGAUGUAGGGAUGCCUGUGAUGCACCGGAACGUCCGCUACAAUUGCAGAGUGAUAUUUCUCAACAGGAGGAUUCUUCUCAUCAGACCCAAGAUGGCCUUGGCAAACGAAGCCAACUAUCGCGAGCUGCGCUGGUUUACCCCAUGGUUCAGGAGUCGGCAGGUAGAGGAGUAUUUUCUCCCUCGGAUGAUACAGGACCUGACAAAGCAGGAAACAGUGCCCUUUGGAGAUGCAGUGCUGGCAACCCAGGACACCUGCAUUGGGAGUGAGAUCUGCGAGGAGCUCUGGACACCCCACAGCCCCCACAUCGACAUGGGCCUGGACGGCGUGGAGAUCAUGACCAACGCCUCAGGCAGUCACCACGUGCUGCGCAAAGCCCACACCAGGGUAGAUCUGGUGACCAUGGCCACCACCAAGAAUGGGGGGAUUUACCUGCUGGCCAACCAGAAGGGCUGUGACGGGGACCGGCUCUACUACGACGGCUGUGCCAUGAUAGCAAUGAACGGGAGUGUCUUCGCUCAGGGGUCCCAGUUUUCUCUGGAUGAUGUGGAAGUCCUGACAGCCACAUUGGAUUUGGAGGAUGUCAGGAGCUACAGGGCAGAGAUUUCAUCUCGAAACCUGGCGGCCAGCAGGGUGAGCCCCUACCCCCGAGUGAAGGUGGACUUUGCCCUCUCAUGCCACGAGGACCUGCUGGAGUCAGUUUCUGAGCCCAUUGAGUGGAAAUACCACAGUCCCGAGGAGGAGAUAAGCCUGGGACCUGCCUGCUGGCUCUGGGAUUUUUUAAGACGAAGCAAACAGGCAGGCUUUUUCCUGCCCCUAAGUGGUGGGGUGGACAGCGCGGCCACCGCCUGCCUCGUGUACUCCAUGUGCCACCAGGUCUGCCUGGCUGUGAAGAGAGGAAAUCAGGAAGUGCUGGCUGAUGUCCGAGCCAUCGUAAAUGAGAUCAGCUACACCCCAGAUGACCCCCGAGACCUCUGUGGGCGCAUACUGACAACCUGCUACAUGGCCAGCAAGAACUCCUCCCAGGAGACAUGCAACAGGGCCAAAGAGUUGGCCCAGCAAAUUGGAAGCCACCACGUUGGUCUCAACAUUGACCCAGCUGUGAAGGCCGUCGUGGGUAUCUUCAGCCUGGUUACGGGGAAAAGCCCCCUGUUUGCGGCUCACGGAGGAAGCAGCAGGGAAAACCUGGCGUUGCAGAAUGUGCAGGCUCGGAUAAGGAUGGUCCUGGCCUACCUGUUUGCUCAGCUGAGCCUCUGGUCUCGGGGCGCCUGUGGCGGGCUCCUUGUGCUGGGAUCCGCCAAUGUGGAUGAGAGUCUCCUCGGCUACCUGACCAAGUACGACUGCUCCAGUGCGGACAUCAACCCCAUAGGGGGGAUCAGCAAGACAGACCUGAGAGCCUUUGUCCAGCUGUGUGUUGAGCGCUUCCAGCUUCCUGCCCUCCAGGGCAUCCUGUCAGCACCGGCCACCGCAGAGCUGGAGCCCUUGGCCAACGGACAGGUGUCCCAGACGGAUGAGGAAGAUAUGGGGAUGACCUACAUGGAGCUCUCGGUCUAUGGGAGACUCCGGAAGGUUGCCAAGGCAGGGCCCUACAGCAUGUUCUGCAAACUCCUUACCAUGUGGAGAGACAUCUAUACCCCACGACAGGUGGCUGACAAAGUAAAGGGGUUUUUCUCGAAGUAUUCCACUAACAGACACAAGAUGACCACACUCACCCCUGCAUACCACGCUGAGAACUACAGCCCCGAUGACAACAGGUUCGACCUGAGGCCGUUUCUGUACCACACUGGCUGGCCAUGGCAGUUUCGGUGCAUAGAAAACCAGCACGACUAUCUGGAGUCCACACAUGGACCGUGGUGUCCCUCUCUGGUGUAUUUGACAGCACAACUGUCUAGAGACACUGUGGUGUCUGGAUUUCUCUCUUCAGGUUCUCCAGCUUGAGAAGGCAGAGCAACAGCACCAGGCCGUGGACUGAGGGUCAGUCCUGCCCGGAGGCCCCUCUCCUUGAGGACCCUAGCAUCACAUUGACGGUGACACUGGUAGCCACAGUGAGGACCUGUCCCAAUCCUACCUGGUGCAGCAUACCCAACAAGUUUGGUUUUCCAUUUUGAGGGAAAGGGAUCUUUUCAUCCUAAUUCCUUAGGAAGAGGCUACAAUAAAUCUGGUAUGAUCUCAGCCCCCUGCGCUGCGUGUGCUUUCCCCACCCUUCGGUGGCAGCUUAAUGAGAGCUGCGGGGUUAGGAGCCUCCAGCCUGUCUGGGCUGCAUCUUUCCAACAAGAACAAGGGCAGCAGCUUCCUGACCUCGAGAGGUGUCCUGAGCAGAAAUCUCUACCACCCACAUUCAUCUUCCAAUUGUGCCCCCAAUAAUAGGGCAGUCUCCCCAAUUAGAGGGUGAUGUCCCCAACUAGAAGAUGGUAUCCCUCCAGUGUAGGACACUCACCAGUGACAAGCAGUGUCCUUCCAGUGCAGAAUAGUCUGACCAGUGAUAGGGCCAGUGUCUCCCCAGUUGUCAAGCAGUGGCCCAUCAGCUGAGGUUAUCACCAUAGCUCGGCAAGUGAGAAGCUAUGGGCUCCUUUCCAGUCAUGUGGGAGUUGCUGAGGGAUCCUGGGCUAUGUCCAACGCCCCCAACACUGACAAGACCAGCCUGCUUCCUGGAGAGGGGAACGUCCCCUGGCAUCAGGCCCAGAGCUUGUUCAGAGUCUCAGGAAGCUGCUGACACCUGUCAUGGGCGAGGCAGCACCGAGAUGCACAAGAACCUUCCCCCAGUGACUGGGAGGCCCUUACAGGUCUGGCUGAAAUAUUUACACCAAGGCAAAGCAGCCUGAGGGCAUGCCGGGAUAGCCCAGGGCUCCCUGCACAUUUGUGGUGGCCCCAGCCAGAGUACUGUCCCACUGUUCUCCAGACUGGGUCCCAGCAACAUCAACCCAGAACCUUCUACCACCACAGCCGAAGGCAGCUGCAGACCAUACAUGAUGAACAGCAUAACUGUGUUCCAGUAAAACCUCAUUUGUGGACACUGACAUCUGAGUUUCAUAUGAUUUUUCAUGUCUUAUUUUUUUUCCAACCAUUUACAAAUGUAAAAACGUUCUUGUCUCCUGGACCAUCCAAAAAUAGGUGUCAGGCAGGGUUUGGAUUCCCUUUUGGUUAUUUCCCACUUUCUCAUCAAUUCCCUUCAUAGUUUUUGUGAUCCAUAUUUUAAGUUCCCUCUCUGUCAUUUCCAUUAAUGCUUUAUAGGUGGAAUCCUCUGUGGGAGCUACCUCAUGCCCUUACAGGGAUCCUCAAACUUUUUAAACAGGGGGGCCAGUUCACUGUCCUCAGACCGUUGGAGGGCCGGACUGUAGUUUAAAAAAAAAUGCUAUGAACAAAUUCCUAUGCACACUGCACAUGUCUUAUUUUGAAGAGAAAAAACAAAACGGGAACAAAUACCAUCACACCGCCUCGUGUGGCCCGCGGGCUGCGGUUUGAGGACCCUGUGGCUCGGGGGGUUGCUCUGUUCUGUUUUUUUCAUGUUGCCAGAAUUUUUCUGUCAGUUCCUCCUCAUGUGUUUCUUCUUGUUUACUUCCUGUCCAUAAUUUUUCCUCUCACUACCUCCUUCCCUUUCAAUUACCUUUUCUCUGUGCCUAGAUGAUGAAGUGGUCUUAUACCAAAAGGAAGGGAGAAAGGAAAGAAAAACAAAAAAAAAGGUGGGGGGGAGGCGAAAUUGAAAAACAAAAAAAGGAGAGAAGGACAGAGAGAGGAGAAAUGGUGGUGUUCAGCUGGGUGCUUUGACCCUCACCCACAGUUCCGGGGCUGCAGGGGGCCAGGCUAAGUGGGUCCCUCAAAGUCUGAACUCCUUACCAGCUUGAGCAAAAGCAAGACCCUACCUCCACCAAAUAUAGAAAAAAAUCACCAGUAUGUUGCAGUAGGGACCUACCAAUGCUGUCUCUCCAAAGGCCAAAGCUAGAAGGAUGCGCUAGACCAUGACCUUGUGGCCUCCUUGAGCCAGACCAAUGCUGUAACUACCCCCGGUCCAGACCUCAGAGUGAGGCUCUAUCUCAUAAAUAGAAUACAAAAUGAAAUAGAAUAAAGCAAAGAAAGAAAAAAU